UUGUAAGAGAGAAGCCAGGACUGUCCAAUAUUCUAAACUUUGUGAACUUCAAGACAGGUUUAUCCUUGGUGCUUAGGGCUUAUAACCCGGGACACGAACCAUUUGGGGGGAUAUUAGAGAUUUUGACAUUUGAAACAAUGUUAUUGUUGACCACAUUACGAAAGCAACAACUGAAGGCCACUUAAAGGAGUUGCUUUGCUUAGUGGUGGAGUCCUCUGAAGCUCACUUUGGAGCCACCACAAAGAAAAUAUGCUGCUAUGUCCCAAAGAAGAAGCACUUGUUAAACUCUUCUACAAUGUCUCAACCCCUUUUCAGCUUCUCUUCCUUAUUCUCUUCUCCUCUGCCAUUUUUCUUGUCACCUUCUUAACCUUCACUGGCAGAUUUCCCUUAAUCCAAAGGGAUGAUCAACAAUAUGAAUACGUGUAUACUGAGGAUGAGGAAGAAGAAGAAACUCAAGAAGGGUAUUCUUGUGUGGAUUCUUCUGAGGGAGAAAACAUCACCUGUGGUAGGGAAAAUCUUGUGUUUCUGCACAACGAGGAGACUCAUUCUUAUUCUGAAGAAUUCAUAAGCCCCGAGGAGAGCUUGAAUGAAGAGUCAGAAGAAAAGCGUUAUUCUGAAACUUCGUCUCUCCAUAACUCCCCACAAGUUUCAGACUUCGAAAGUGAAGAGGCAGAAACGGUUGGACAAGACUUUCCAGCAAGAGAUGCUGAUUCUGUUCUUAAUUCUGCCCAAGUUGAAAGCAGGACCACCUCCCCCAUCAACCUCAACGCCUACAAAAGAAACAAAAACCGUGACGACGAUCAUGUUAGCGUUGAAAUUAUUAAAAAUAAGAAGGUGCAAGAGGCAAACCUCGGAAGGGAUGAGAGAUUCUUUGUGUUUGCUUCAACACAGUUGCAUAGCAAGAAGUUAAUGGUUGAAGAGAAGGAUGAUGAGUCCUCUAAGUGGAGGAGCUCCAUCAAUUGCAGGGAUUCCGAGACUGAAAAUGACGCAUUUUCUUCCUCAUCCAGAAGAAGUUGCCCCAAGUGGGAAUCAUACACGUUGUUCCAAAAAUAUGAUGAAGAAAUGGCAAUCUUAGACAGAAUUAGUGCACAGAAACUUCAUGAAACUGAGUCGUUAAGGUCCAUCCAAAUGUCUCCAAGAUCAAUGUCAGAGCGUAUUGUGUACAAGUUCCAAACUACGAAUAAAAAAGCCGCUGAUGUUGGCCACAAUCCAUAUCGUGAACUAGAAGCUGCAUAUGUUGCACAAAUUUGCUUAACAUGGGAAGCCCUUAGUUGGAACUACAAAAAUUUUCGUUCCAAACAUGCCUCACGCCAGGAUCAUGAUACCGGUUGUUCUGCCACCAUUGCGCAGCAAUUCCAGCAAUUUCAGGUUUUGUUACAGCGAUACAUUGAGAACGAGCCUUUUGAGCAUGGCAGGAGACCUGAGAUCUAUGCUAGAAUGAGGCUUUUGGCACCAAAAUUGCUCCUAGUGCCAGAAUAUCAAGAUUUAGAGGAGGAUCAGAAGGAUGGUGGUUUUCAAUGCAAAAUAUCAUCAGCUUCAUUUCUAAAGAUUAUGGAGGACGGGAUCAAGACAUUCAUGAAUUUUCUAAAGAAUGAUAAAGAGAAACCCUGUCAGAUCCUUGCAGCCUACUUCAGGAGAAACCAAAGAGGCACGGUUGAUCCAACACUACUCAGACUAAUGAAGAAGGUUAAUCAAAAGAAGAGGGUGAAGGUUAAGGAUCUCAGCCAUCCAGGCACAUGCUUGAGGAAGAGAAAGAUAAAGGUGGAAAAGAAUAUGGAUAUUUUGAUGGCUCUCAUAGACCUAAAAGUGGUGUCAAGGGUUUUAAGAAUGAAUGACUUGAGUGAAGAGCAAUUGCACUGGUGUGAGGAGAAGAUGAGCAAAGUGAGAAUCAUGGAAGGGAAACUUCAAAGAGAUUAUUCCACCCCACUAUUCUUCCCCUCACAUUAACCCCACCAGAUUGUAUAAUUUGGUGACUAGAUAACUGCACAAGAGGAACAUGCGUAGCAUAGCACUCUUCUGUAAUGUUAGAUUAAAGAAAAUGAACCGACCCUACAAAUCAAAAUAACAAACAUGUGGAAAGCAUGGACUGUGUAGCCUGAAAUUCAAAGAAAGAGAGACACAGAUGAAUGUUUAUUUUGUUGAUUCAUUUAGAAGGUAAAAGACCAGAGCCAAAUCAAGUAUCUAGGUUUGAUUUGAGCUGAACCAAAAGAAGAAUGGACAAGGCUGCCACACAUGAAGUUAAAUUUUUUUUUUUUUGGUGAACACACAUGAGGUUGAAUAAAACCAGUCUUAGGAAGAAACAAAUAGAGAAAAUAAUACUGAACCAAUGACAGGCAUAACUGUCUACAGGUUAUAAUUACACUUGUAAAAUUAAAUUUACAGCAGCAUACAAUAAGAAUUUUUAGAAGAAUAUACAUAUUCAAAGUUGUAUAUUGACAUCUACAUGCAGGUUCCAGUUGAC